AUGGAAUACAUUAGAACAGAUUUUCAAGCUUACGAAGACACUGAUAAAUAUGUUUACGAGACGAACAUACAAAGCUAUCAACCGAACUAUUACGAAUCUUACGCUAGCGUGGACUGCCCAAGGGAAAUGCUUCCCCAGAAUUAUAUGCAGAUGUGUUACGAAUACCAUCCGGAAAGAGAUGAAGAGGACUGGUGGAGUUCUUGGGAUGAUUCUGUGCUGGUGAAGGAGGAAAUCGAAGGGGACACUAGUGCUGCUGGUUCCAGUAUUAGUGAUGAAGGACUACAGUCGCCCGCAGGAAACCGCAAGGAGCGCACGGCCUUCACCAAAGCGCAAAUCAAGAGCUUGGAGGCAGAAUUCGCACGAGCCAAUUACUUGACGAGACUUCGGAGAUACGAGAUUGCAGUGGCUCUGCAUUUGACUGAGAGACAGGUCAAAGUCUGGUUUCAAAAUAGGAGAAUGAAAUGGAAGAGGACUAAGGGGGCUAAACAUAACAAGAAAAAGGAUUGA